GGCCCGGGCCCAGCGGGCGGGCCCGCUCCCUCCCCGCCGAGCAGCGCCCGCGGCCCGAGCCGACUCCCCCGCGCCGCGCUCCGAUCCCGCUCCAGCCGCCGCUCGGUACCGCGCACGGUCCCUGCGCCCGGCGCGCGAGCCCCCGCCGCGGCCGCCGCUGUCCGACGUGUCACUGCGAGGGCCCCGCCCCCGGGGGGUGGGGCCUCGUGCUCCAGCUACCGGAGAGGGCGGGGAAGGGGGAGGUUAAAGGGGAAGGACCCCCGGAAGUGCCCCCUCCUCAGUGCGCGAGAGGGAGACGCCGGGGGCGGAGUCCCCUGCCUCCGCCGGCGUGGUUGGUGCGCCCGGGUGACGUCAGAAGCAGCCCGCCCCUGCCAGGAUGGUGUGCCCCGAGUGACGUCAGGAGCAGAGGCCGGAGCUGUCCAUCAGCACCAAAGGCCGCGGGCGGGCUCAGGGCAUGGGGCCGCGGCUCCGGGGCAGCCCGCGCCCCUGCUGCUGCUCCUGCUCCUUUCCCUUCCCCAGGCCCAGCCCUAGGCCCCGGACGCCGUGGGACUGGAGUGCCAGCUGGUGUUGGAGGCGGGGCGGCGACGCUGCCACACGGAGACCGAUCUCUCCGGCCCAGCAGCCCCCUUCCCUGCUCGGCGGACUUUCCCCGGACCCCAGUCAGCGGGGGCCUCCGGCGCCCCGCCACCCCGACCCUUCCGGCCCCUGCACGGCCUCUUUGGCUCGGAAGCUCAGGUCGCCUCCAGCCCAGGCUGGCCUGGGAGACUGACUCCCUCUCGUCUCCAGCACUAUGCCAGGCACUACGGCGACUCUGCGGUUCCAGCUGCUGCCCCCUGAGCCAGACGAUGCCUUCUGGGGCGCACCCUGUGAACAGCCCCUGGAGCGCAGGUACCAGGCACUGCCGGCCCUCGUCUGCAUCAUGUGCUGUCUGUUUGGAGUCGUCUACUGCUUCUUUGGUUACCGCUGCUUCAAGGCAGUGCUCUUCCUCACUGGGUUGCUGUUCGGCUCGGUGGUCAUCUUCCUGUUGUGCUACCGAGAGCGGGUGCUGGAGACACAGCUGAGUGCCGGGGCGAGUGCGGGCAUCGCGCUGGGCAUCGGGCUGCUCUGCGGGCUGGUGGCCAUGCUGGUGCGCAGCGUGGGCCUCUUCUUGGUGGGGCUGCUGCUCGGGCUGCUGCUCGCCGCUGCUGCCCUGCUGGGCUCCGCACCCUACUACCAGCCAGGCUCCGUGUGGGGCCCCCUGGGGCUGCUGCUGGGGGGUGGCCUGCUCUGCGCCCUGCUCACGCUGCGCUGGCCACGCCCGCUCACCACCUUGGCCACUGCCGUGACGGGUGCUGCGCUCAUCGCCACCGCCGCUGACUACUUUGCAGAGCUGCUGCUGCUGGGGCGCUAUGCGGUGGAGCGACUGCGGGCCGCCCCCGUGCCCCCACUCUGCUGGCGGAGCUGGGCCCUGCUGGCGCUGUGGCCCCUGCUCAGCCUGAUGGGCGUCCUGGUGCAGUGGCGGGUGACGGCCGAGGGAGACUCCCAUACGGAAGUGGUCAUCAGCCGCCAGCGACGACGUGUGCAGCUGAUGCGGAUUCGCCGGCAGGAAGAGCACAAGGAGAGGCGGCGGAAGAAGAGACCCCCUCGGGCACCCUCCAGAGGCCCGCGGGCUCCUCCAAGGCCUGGGCCCCCUGACCCUGCUUAUCGGCGCAGGCCAGUGCCCAUCAAACGCUUCAACGGAGAUGUCCUCUCCCCGAGCUACAUCCAGAGCUUCCGGGACCGGCAGACGGGAAGCUCCCUGAGCUCCUUCAUGGCCUCGCCCACAGAUGCGGACUAUGAGUAUGGGUCCCAGGGGCCACUGACGGCCUGCUCGGGCCCCCCCGUGCGGGUAUAGCAGUACAGCUGCUCCUACCCACCCAGACUCUGUGGUCACCAGCUCUGCCAGCUCGGGGAGGCCUGCUGGGCCCCCGCCCAGCCUGCCUGACCCUGCGGCCUUUGGCUGUCCCUCUCCCCGCCCUGAGGAGAGAUGGCCUAGCCACUAGAGGGGGGACCUGUCUCAGGCUGGGCCUGGCCUGAGGGGCAAGCCCCCUCCCACGCUCCCGAGGGGCUCCUGAGGGACUCGGGGUGUGAGCCCCACUGGGGUGUGCUCAGGGUUAUGAGUGUGUCACCUGUGUGUGCCUGUGUGUGGAGGGGUGGGCUUGGAGGGGACACUGGGACCUUUGCCUUAGAUUUCUGAUGGGUAGGGCUUCUCCAAGGUGGGCCCCCUCCUCUCCCACUGCUGGGGUGCUCUGGGCCACCCUCCUGCAUGUCUGACUGGAGGAGGCCUGCCUUCCUCCCCCAUCGCUCUGCCUCUCAACCAAACCAGACUCAUCUAAGGCUUCUUGUCUGUCCACGGGGCAAACUGCAGCACCCCUCACCCUGGUCCCCUGUCCUCUGCAAAGCCACCAGUCUGAGGGCAGUGGCAGGGGAUGGGGUUGGGGGCGCUGCUCUGGGCUGGGCUGGGGAAGAGGGUUGGUGGGGAGGGGGCUUAAAUGCACGGUGCAUGUCUGGUGUCUGUCCUGCCACCCGGACACCUCAUGCUUCUGUCUCCUCCCAUCCCACCCUGUUUUACAUCUUUUAUAAAUGUGCCAAACUGUGUGGCUUCUGCCAGGAGUGGUGGUCUUCGGUGGCUGGCACCUCCAUGGGCCAAGCUGGAAGCACUGCAGCCCUUGGUCCCCCGUGUCACUCACUACACAGGGGCUCCAGGCAAGUUCUACCCUCCUGUGUCACACAGAGAGCCAGGGAAAAGGACUGUACCACUUUUAUUGUCUCCCAACACCUCUGUUCCCCUGCCUACCCCCCCCUCCCCGCCCGGGGUUAGGGCACACGCCUUCCAAGCUGUCCGAGGGCACCCGCCUGGCCUGGUUCGGUCCUCCUAGCUACCUGCAGAGGAAUGACUCUGCGUGGGGCUGGGGAGAGAGUGGGUACCACCGUCCUCUCCCCUGGCAGAGCCUAAGCACCCACACAGGAAGAGCCGGGCCCUCACCUCUGCCCCACCCUCUUGGGGCCUCUGUCAGGGCUGCCUA